AUGUCGUCGGCGAUGUCCCGCGCGAUCCGGGGGGCCGUCGCGGCUGGGGUGUCGAGGAGGGGCCUGGCGUCCGUGGAGGCGAUGGGGGCGGCGAAGGGGGCGCCGCCCGCGGCGGGGCGCUGGGCCGGGCGCGGGCGCGGCGGCCCGGGGCCCGUGGAGGACGGGGCGCGGGUGCAGUGGGUGUUCCUGGGAUGCCCCGGGGUCGGCAAGGGCACCUACGCCGGCCGCCUCUCGCGGCUGCUCGGCGUGCCCCACAUCGCCACCGGCGACCUCGUGCGCGACGAGCUCGCCUCCCAGGGCCCCCUCUCCAAGCAGCUUUCGGAGAUUGUGAAUCAUGGGAAACUGGUGUCUGAUGAGAUCAUCAUAAAUCUGCUGUCAAAGCGCCUUGAGGAGGGAGGAGAGAAGGGUGAAUUAGGCUUCAUACUUGAUGGUUUUCCAAGAACUAUAAGACAAGCGGUGAGCUAG